AUGAGGGCCGAAGUAGACAGGUACACCCGGCUCCCUCCAGAAAUCUUAGAACUAAUUCUGAGGCGCCUGGCACUCACCGACUGCCUCCGGUUUGCAUCCGUCUGCACCUCGUGGCGCCUGGCACUGUCCGAGUGUCGCCUCCUUCCCCCACGCCACCCUCCAUGGCUGAUGUACGGCGGCGCCCCCGCGGGCAGUCGAAGGAGCCUGGCCUGCUACAGCCUCUUCGAAGGCCGGCACAUCGAGCUCCAGCUUCCGGCGGGCUACGAGAGCUCACAUAUUGCUGGAACCUCUGCUGGCUGGCUCAUCAUGUCAUCCGAUGCCGAGAGGAGAAUCACCCUCCUGAACCCAGUCUCCAAGGUCCAAAUCGAGCUGCCCUCCAAUCUCCACCCUUCGCACCAUCCCGGCUUCAAGUUCUUCGAGGACACCCCGGUGGGCGCAAAGCGCAACAUCUGCACCCACUGGAAGGCCGCUCUCUCCUCGGUGCCGACCGCAUCCAACUGCAUUGUUGCGGUGAAGGGGACGGAUGGUGUAUUGAUUUGGUGCCGCGUGGGGGACAGUGAGUGGAGGGUGUUCGACGACGGGCUGAGGGUUUACAGCGACGUCAUUUUUCACCGAGGGCGGCUAUAUGCCGCGGGCGUCAGGGGGGAGGUGGUGGUGGUCGGCUUCGACGAGGCCUAG